GAUUAUUCCUGCUCAUCGCCGACGACGACGAGCUCUGCAGACGCUGAAUAGUGAGGGCGGCGACUCGCCCAGGUUCCUCUAUAUCCUGCUCUCGUCAUCCGCUCCCUUUUUCCCCGAUGACUAUGCUCCGGGUUGUCUCGAGACCUUCGACGGGUCUACUCGGAAAGACCGCGAACAGCGGGGCGUCGCGCGCGGCAGCGCCCAAGAGACGCGCACUGUCCUCUACAGCAGCAAGACAGGCUGACAUCACCCUCACCGUUGACGGAAAGCAGGUCACUGUUCCCCAGGGCUCUGCACUCAUUCAAGCAUGCGAAGCUGCGGGAGCUACCAUACCACGGUUUUGCUACCAUGAUCGACUUUCAAUAGCAGGAAAUUGCCGUAUGUGUCUAGUUGAAGUGGAGAGGUCACCCAAGCCGGUAGCAUCCUGUGCCAUGCCCGCCAUGCCGGGGGCAAACGUCAAGACCAAUACUCCCCUCGUUCACGCUGCCCGCGAAGGCGUAAUGGAGUUCUUGCUGGCAAACCACCCCCUCGACUGCCCGAUUUGUGACCAGGGUGGCGAGUGUGACCUCCAGGACCAGUCAAUGCGCUACGGCUCCGACCGCACACGCUUCCACGAGAUCACCGGCAAGCGCGCCGUUGAGAACAAGGACAUGGGCCCCCUCGUUAAGACGUCGAUGAACCGCUGCAUCCAGUGCACACGCUGCGUCCGCUUCGCUAAUCAGGUCGCUGGCGUUGAAGAGCUCGGCACCACCGGUCGCGGGAACGACAUGCAGAUCGGCAUGUACGUCGAGAAGACGAUGAACUCGGAGUUGUCCGGCAACAUCGUCGACCUCUGCCCCGUCGGUGCGCUUACGAGCAAGCCGUACGCAUACCACGCGCGUCCAUGGGAGCUCAAGAACACAGAGUCUAUUGACGUUAUGGACGCUGUUGGUUCCAACAUCCGUGUGGACUCGCGCGGCGUACAGGUUAUGCGAAUUCUCCCAAAGACGAACGACGAUGUCAACGAGGAGUGGAUCAGCGACAAGACCCGCUACGCGUGCGACGGACUCAAGUUCCAGCGGCUUACCUCGCCCCUCGUUAAGGAGGGCGACCGCUUCGUCGCAGCUACUUGGGAGGAGACGCUCAACAGCAUUGCCAACGGACUGGCUGCCUCGGGCGCGAAAGGCGACGAGAUCCAGGCUGUCGCGGGUGCGCUCGCGGACACCGAGUCGCUCGUCGCGCUCAAGGAUCUCAUCAACCGCCUCGGUUCCGAGAACCUGGCUGUCGACCAGGCCGGCGGUGCCGCGGCACCCGUGCAUGGUGUUGACAUUCGCUCGAACUACCUCUUCAACUCGACUAUCCCGGGCGUCGAGGAGGCCGACGUCAUCUUGCUCGUUGGCACCAACCCGAGGCAUGAGGCGGCCGUGCUCAACUCGCGCAUCCGCAAGAGCUGGUUACACACCCCGCUUGAGGUUGGCCUCAUCGGCGAGCGCGUUGAGCUCACGUAUGGGUACGACUACCUCGGCGCGGACGCGAAGGCGCUGGAGGACCUCGUCGCGGGCAAGGGCGAGUUCGCGAAGAAGUUCAAGGCGGCGAAGAAGCCGUUGAUCAUCGUGGGCAGCGCGGUCGCGGAUCAUGCGGAUUCAGCGCCUAUUCAUGGGUUGCUGGCGAAGUAUGUCGAGGCGAACAAGGGCACGCUGCUUACGCCGGAGUGGAAUGGAUUGAGUGUGCUCCAGCGGGCUGCGUCUCGCGCUGCUGCCUACGACAUCGGCUUCGUCCCCUCGAAGAAGGCCGCGCAGACCAAGCCAAAGUUCAUCUGGCUACUGAACGCCGAUGAGGUUGACCCCAAGUCCAUCCCGUCCGACGCCUUCGUCGUCUACCAGGGCCACCACGGUGACCUCGGCGCGCAGCUCGCGGACGUGAUCGUCCCGGGUGCCGCGUACACUGAGAAGGCGACGACGUGGGUGAACACCGAGGGUCGGGCGCAGCUCGGGCGUGCAGCCGUCCCGCCCCCGGGUGCUGCCAGGGAGGACUGGAAGGUCAUCCGUGCCGCGUCCGAGGUGCUCGGCACGACACUCCCGUACGACGACAUCCUCGCGCUGCGCGACCGCAUGUGGGAGAUUUCGCCGACGCUGGUACGCUACGACGUGACGGAGCGGACGUCGGUCGACACGGCGCUCGUGGGCGUGAAGCAGCUGAUCGCGAAGACGGCGGGUGCGAAGGCGGUGUUUGCGCCGUUGAAGAAGCCAAUCGAAAACUUCUACCAGACGGACCCGAUCUCGAGGGCGUGUGUAUCUUUUCCUCUUCUUGCGUCUGUUGCGCGACCCGUCCACAAUUCUUCAUAUGUGCGCGGGAUGCUGACUGUCGUCCACAGGUCCGUUACGAUGGCGCAGUGCACGAAGGCGUUCGUCAAGGGCGAUCGGUAUGGGUUCAGCGAGGAGCAGAAUGUUGCGCAGGCGGCGGCGUAGGUAGAGGGCGGGCUUUACCAUUGUGUUCUGUUCUAGACAAAAGCGCGAAUACGAUAUCUCGUUUAUUGCUCAGGUGCCC